AUGGAAGAAGAACAAAAGUCGGAAGAAAAUUUUAAACAAAAACGUGACAUUUCUUCCUACCUUCAAUUUGAAUUCUUCAGUUUUAAUUUUGCCAUGUGCAACAAAUGGGAUCCAACAUGCUUCAAUGCUAUUUUGAAGGAUGACAUCCUUGCACUUGACAAAAUAAGUGAUCUAGAAAAUACACAAGUGAAAUUAUUUUUUGAUAUCCCUUACAUCAACUCAUUAAGGAAAGAAAAGUUUAUCAUUGAUGUUAAUAGCUCAUAUAUAUUACAUGCUGCUGCAUUCCAUGAUUCAUUAGACAUCCUUAUUUAUUUACAUCGUGUAAAAAAUGUAAAAUUAAACAAAGAAGAUAUGAAUAAUCUCAUGCCAUUGCAUUUUGCUUGUGCAAACAAUUCUAUCGAAUGCGCAUUAUACAUAAUAAAUCAUCUCUCAUUACAAGAAAUUAAUGCAGAACGUUCUGACCAUAAAUAUUUCUUUUAUGCAUGCAAUUCUAACGCAUAUACAAUAAUCAGCGCCUUGAUUUCUAAAGGAUAUGAUGUUUCCCCAUUUUCAAAUCAUCAAAUCACCGAAUCACUAUCAGCUGCAUGCCAAAGGAACUAUAUUAAACCAGUUAUAGAAAUACUUACACAUCAAGACCAAUUAAGAGGACUAAAUUCCAAUCCAUUAUUAGUUGCAAUCGCACACGAGAAUUACGACAUUGUUGAAUUCUUAAUCAACAAUGGAUACGCAGCUGAUGAGUUUUCUAAUAAUACUCUACCUUUAUUUAAGGCAUUAGAUCCAUAUAAACCAAAUAUGAAAAUUGUUGAUUUAAUAAUCAAAAAUUCUUCAGUUUUUGACUUUCAUACUAACGUGUUUCGUAAAAGCACAGUGCAUUAUAUCUGUUCUUCCAUGAAUACUGAUAUUGCAAAAGAAUUAUUAAAACAUAGAAUAGAUGUCAAUAGAUUAGAUGAACAAAGGAUGCCAGGGCCUACAUAUUUAUCCAGUAGAGAUCCACACAUAGCCAUAGAAAUUCUGAAUUUGCUUUAUGAAAAUGGUUAUGAUAUUAAUUUGAAAGCUGACUACGAUGAGAAGCCAAUUAUAUACGUUUUUUGCAUGAAAUGUGGUUCGUAUGAUCAUAUCAUUGCAUGGUUUAUUAAACAUGGCGCAAAUUUAGAUGAGAUUUAUCAAAUGAGACCUGUUAGAUAUUAUAUCAGGGAAAUUGCUAGGAAUUUGAAAGAAAAAUACGGUAUUGAUAUUUAA